UCACUCUUCAGAUAGUCCAAGGAUAUCUCGGGGAGAAGGAGCGCAGAAGGGAGAGACUUUUUCUACAUGAAGACACUUUUCGGUCCUUGUACGUUUCUCUGAAUUUGUUUUAGUGAUUUUAAAAAAAGAAAAAGUUGGCCAUGGCAGCAGUGGCUGUACUGCGGAAUGAUACACUCCAGGCAUUUCUCCAGGAUCGUACGCCAAACUCCUCACCGGAGACCAAGCAUUCUCCUCUGGCGCUUCUGGCGGCCACCUGUAACCGGAUUGGGCAUCAUCACGGAUCAAGUCCAUCUGAUUUCCUACAGGUCCCAUACGACGCGACCCUCGGCUCUCCUUCAAGAAUUUUCCACCCUUGGAGUAACGAAGGAAACCCGCAAAGCGCCCUCGCGACCAAUUCCACGUUGGGACUGUCCCCGAAAUCUCAGCUGUCUGCACACAUUCAGUCCUCCUUUGGUUCUCACCACGAGCUUCCCCUCACCCCGCCGGCGGACCCUACCUAUCCGUACGACUUCUCGCCAGUGAAGAUGUUACCUUGUUCCAUGCAAUCAUUACAGUCUAGCUGCCCUCCCACGUACGUCCCUGCUGUUACAUACGCAGCGCCGGCACCGAUUGCACCUGCGAUGCCAAGUUUCGUUCCCGGACACUCUGGCCUUAUACAUCAGCAGCCGAGACAGUUAUCCCCGAAUCCCGGGGAGGACAUUCCGUGGUGGAGUCUUCAACAAGGAAACCCUGUCAGUCACCCUUCGUCACUCGCCCCCCAUCGCUUCCCUUUGCAGAGGAGCUUGGUACUUGGGCAUUCGGAAUUUGCGCAAUAUCAAACUCAGAUAGCCGCCCUCCUUCACACGAAAUCCCCCCUCGCCACUGCCCGGAGGUGCCGGAGGUGCAGGUGCCCGAACUGCCAGUCCUCCAGCUCCAACGACGAGCCGGGGAAGAAGAAGCAGCACGUCUGCCACAUUCCCGGGUGCGGGAAAGUUUACGGGAAAACUUCGCACCUCAAAGCGCACCUCCGGUGGCACUCAGGGGAGCGACCGUUUGUGUGUAACUGGCUGUUCUGUGGGAAAAGCUUCACCAGGUCCGACGAACUCCAGAGACACCUCAGGACACAUACGGGAGAGAAGCGCUUUGUUUGUCCCGAGUGCUGCAAGAGAUUCAUGAGGAGUGAUCACCUGGCCAAACAUGUCAAAACACACCAGAACAAAAAGAGCAAACCGCACGAAAAGACUGUAGAUCACGUGAAGAGAGAGGACAUGAGACACGUUUAGUAAAAAGUAACCCUCAGUGUAAUUAUUCAUAUUCAAACGGACUUGUUAGUGCAAUAUAGUGUCCCUUCAACAUAACACUGACGUACAAGUUGGAAUAUAAUAAAUAUUAUUUUUGGUAAACAUUGUUUGAUAUUUCCCAACGAUUGAUUUAAAUUUAUCAUUCAGAUGGCUGUGCGUUAUAGAAGGUUUUGCUUUUGUAAAGUGUAAAUAUAAUUUCAGAUGUCCAUCUUCGUUCACGUGCUGGGAGCUUUCAGAACUUUCAUGGCCCAUCAGCUGGUGUUCCCUGUAUAU